UUCGCUAGCCAAGGGUUUUCGGUCCGCAACGCUCCCCAUAAACCCUUGGCCGACAUGCACUGUGAAACGCCGGUCACACCUAGCGCCAUCUGUAAAUUUUCGGAAAGAACGAUAAUCCUGGUUGAGGCAAACAGCCAAUGAAAUGAAAGCUUUUAUGUAUGCUUCGGUAGAAAAUCAUACACAAUAUGGCGACCUCCGUUGAAAAUGUUGAAACAACAUUUGGAAUAGAAAAAUUAAAUGCUUUUCAACAAGAAGCAAUAGAUGCUUUAAUGAACAAACGUGACGUAUUCGUAGGAACGAAAACGGGUAGCGGAAAGACUAUUAUCUACCAAAGUAUGGGUGUUCUGAACAAAGAAAUGGUGACCGUAGUGAUAGCUCCACUCCAGAGCAUUAUGGAAGAACAGGUUGAUAGAUUAAACAAGACUGGCAUGUCUGCCAUUUACAUUGACAGUCUUAAAAUGCCAUUGAAUGAAAUUAUUGGUGGAAAAUAUCAAUUCAUUUACGGGAGUCCAGAAAUUCUUGUAGACAGUACGAAAUGGAGAGAUACGUUUCGUCACCCAGUAUUUUCCAAAAAAGUUGGCCUAUUAGUAGUGGAUGAAGCACACACUAUUCUGCAAUGGGGUGAGAGCCAUAACCAGGAGGAAGUGUUCCGAGAAUCUUUCUCUAGAAUUGGAGAACUAAGAUCUCUUUGCCCUGCGGCCUCAGUGCUUGCUUUAACAGCAACAGCAAGUCCUACCAACCGUCGUAAAAUAAUGAAAAAUCUCUGUUUUAAAAAAAAUAACUGUAUUAUAGUUGACAGUCCAGACAGACACAACAUUAAAAUUUCAGUGAAAAAGGUCAAGAACAAUUCGGAAGUGGAGGAUGAUCUAGAAUUUAUUUUCAGUGGUUUAAAAGAUAAAGGUAAAGACUUCCCAAAACACUUGAUAUUCUGUAAUACAAUAAAGGAAUGUUCUCUUGUGUACAGUGCCCUUGUUCGUGAAUUUGUUCAUAUGAAUCAUAUGAUCAACAUGUACCACAGUAAAACUCCCGAUGAUGUUAAAAAAACAAUUCGAAAGGAUAUGGAAUCAGAAAAUGGCAUUAUACGUGUACUAGUGAGUACAAGUUCUGCGGGAAUGGGUGUAAAUUUUAAAAAUUUACAUAACAUUGUACACUUUACCCCUCCAAGAGAUAUGGACACCCUAGUUCAGCAGAUGGGGCGGGCUGGUAGAGACGGCAAACAAUCUGAUGAACUAAUUUUAUAUAAGAGUCACAAGACUCAGAUGAAGAAACUAGACAAUGAAAUGAUGAAACUCAUAAUCUCUGAUGACAGUUGCCGACGGAAAAUCAUUGCAGAUUGUUAUUUAACAAAAAAAUGUGAAACAGUUGUUGAUCAUUGUUGUUGUGAUUUGUGCGAAUCUAAAUGCAAGUGUGGCGAAAUGGAGUGUCCUUGUAGACAUCCAGUCUUUUUUAAUGCAGAUAAUCCAGUUACUGAAGAACAAUGCACAAGUAGGACUAGAAACAUUACUGAUGAUGAAUUUCAACUUUUGAGACAUAAGUUGAAAUUACUCAAAGAAUCCCUAGACCAGAACUCGACAUCUUCAUUUGUAACAGACUUGGAAACAAUUUCUACAGCAAAUAUAGAAUGCAUCAUAAAAAAUGCUAGCAAUCUUUUUUCUGUUGAAGAUGUACUGCAAUAUGUUUGGUCAUAUGACUUAGCAAAAUAUGUUCAUGAAGUAUUAAUUGAUGUAUUUGAUGACAUGAUGACAAAUAUUUCAAGCUCAGACUCAGAAUAAAAACUGAAAGUACAUGUGUAAUAUACUCAGUAUAUCUUAACUUUAAUUCUGUGAUAAUUUACAGUGUUUUUUCUUUUUGUGUUUGGAAACCUUCUUUUCUUUAGCUUAUCAUGCUUAUAUAAAUGAAUAAUGUGGUGGUCAUCUUUUGUAAGCAAUCAACAGGAAUCUGACCUGAUUAUCAGGUCAAUUUAAAGAUUACAUUUUUUCCCUAUUGACAAAGGCUAAUACAGCAGGAAAUAGAACUACACAUGUAUGUAUUCUACCUAAUGUAAUGUUUUUUUUUUUAGAAAACCAUCUUUCCUUAGUUUAUAAAAUCCUUAAAUAUUAACACAAAUGUUUUUAUUUUCUUUGAAAGCACUUGUUUCAGGUAAAAGAAUGUUUUAAUGGAAAACAAUUUUCUAUAAUUUUAUACAUGUACUUUUAUUGUCCCCACUAUUUAGUUCUAAGUUUAAUGCCAGGGAUGGGGAGCCCUGGAUUCAUUAAACUAAUUUACAAUUGUAACCUAACAAUACAAUGAGACAUGUUUUUGGCACAAAAAACACAAUCUACUACUGUACAUGUUAUCAGCAAUUAAUUUUUUUUAUUGAAUUGUUUUGGUCAGUUUAUAAAUGUUUUAAUACAUAUGUAAUAAAUAUGUAAUAAAUACAUCAUACACAUCA